UUAUGAUCUUACGAGAGGUUCGUGGUCACUGGGUGUUCCAACUGAGUUGUAUCUGGAUUCACUCUCUACUUCGGAAUACGACGAUACAAACAACAUUCAUACUCCGAUGACUGAUAAUGAUUCUUCCAUAACACAGAAGCAUACAUCUCUCUGGUCAAGUAUAGACUGGUCUUUCUUAUAUGGGCGAGAGCCUCUGCCACGACACUCCAUGGGUGUCCUGGUGGUAGGACCACCUCACUGGGUGUGUAUGGCUGCUAAACAGCUUCUCUCUAGAAAAGUAUUUGGAAGUAUGGACACACUGAUGCUGGCUCCAGUGGAUGGAAAUAUCUUGGCCCGAGAUUUGUGCCCGAGCAUCCCACUCGCUGUACAUGUGAUCCUUCUUGAGGAGCCACAUGAUAAGGAAGGUACAAGAAGAUGUAAGGGAUUAUUGAGAGAGGCAACACUAGCUGAUGGUGGUAGCUAUGUGUUGCGUACUGUUGGAUGUUUGCAACAAGGAAGGCUUCUUCUGACAACUUCUCUCCUUCGCCCUGUAACCUCUCUCAAAGGUGGUCUGAUAAAAGUUUUUUAUGCGAAGGUGUGGGAUGAAAUGCUGGAAGGGACGUUGGAGACUUUUAUGAGGAAGCUUAACUUCACUGUUGAAGUUAGUGGGAAUGUUGGUGCUAUGGAUAAGAUGCCCAAUGGUACGUUUAAAGGCGCAAUGGGAUUAAUUCAACGUAAGGUUUGCCAGGCGCCCAUAUGCUGCAGCAGAUAUCUGAUUGAUGUGUGCCUCCGGAGACAUGCUCGGUGUUAUGGUCACCCCAAGAUCUUUCUCCUUAAGUGAGGUUUGCAGUCUUUGUCCACCUAGCCUAUUACAACCCAGGAGUCCCAAAGGCCUGUUAUCCUGGGUGUAAAGGGAACAA